AUGAGACUGCCCCCGCUGCUGCUACUUGUAUACUGCUGUGUUGCCCAUGGGUCGCUGCUGUUCGCUGGCAGGGACUCGGGCCCUCACGCGGUCACCGACAGUGUGGAGAUCCCCGGUGGGUCUCCCCUCCAACUGUGCGACACCGCAAGUGGCCCCCUGGGCCUCACGAUCGAAAGCCUCGAACUAGACCCAACACCUGCAAAGCGUGCCGCCAACCUGACGAUCACCGCUCGCGGGGUCCUUCACGUUGCCGUGACACAAGGCUCCUACGUCGACGUUGAGGUCCGGCUGGGACUCAUCCGCAUCCUCACACAGCGGUUCGACCUCUGCGACGUGUCCCGAGACAACAACAUAGAGGGGCUACAGUGUCCUGUCUCUAAAGGCCCUCACACACUCGUCCACACGGUGCAAGUGCCCGCAGAGGUGCCCGCCGGAAGGUAUUCCGUCUUUGCAAGAGCCUACUCGGCAGCUGGGACGCAACUGACCUGUCUCACGGGGGACAUAGUGUUCCAGCAGCGUGGCCCAGCAGUAAUAGACCACUGA